AUGAAGGAUCUAAAGGCUAAGAAUUACCUGUUCCAUGCCAUAGACAAGUCGAUACUCAAGACUAUCACUCAGAAGGAUUCGGCGAAGGAGAUUUGGGAUUCAAUGAAGACAAAGUACCAAGGAAGUGCACGUGUGAAGCGGACUCAACUGCAAAGGUUACGGAGAACCUUUGAGACAUUAGAAAUGAAGGUCGGGGAGUCAAUUUCAGACUACUUUGGGAGAGUUAUGAAUGUCAGCAAUGACACGAGGAAUUGCGGCGAGGAUCUGGAAGAUGUUAAAAUUGUUGAGAAGCUUUUGCGUACAUUGACAGAAAACUACAAUUUUGUGGUUUGCUCCAUUGAGGAAUCUAAGGACAUCGAUCAACUUUCAGUCGAUGAACUUCAGAGCUCUCUUUUGGUGCAUGAACUAAAAGUACGAAACAAAGAGAUGGAUGAACAUGUCUUAAAUACAUAA